UCUCAUCUAACCUUUCAAAAGCAGAACACAAGUAAGGAACAGAGAGAAAAAACAAAAAUGGAUCGAACAAAGUCUCUGUUAGCUGUUUGGACAAUACUUCAACUCCUUGUCUUAACCGUGAACGGCCAAUCAACUUGUGAAAGCCAUAGGUUCGCCAAUAACCUCGAUUUCACUCAGUGCUCUCCCCUCCAAGCCCUUGGCUCGUUCCUUCACUGGACAUACAACGAGCAAAACGGCACCGUUUCAAUCGCCUUUCGCCACCCUGGAACCUCUUCUUCUUCUUGGAUUGCUUGGGGUCUUAACCCAGGUGGGACUCAGAUGUUGGGGACACAAGCUCUCGUCGCCUACACCAAUUCUAGUGGCCAAUUCCAAGCCUACACAUCUCCGAUUAAUGGUUACAGCUCGAUCCAGCGCGGAAGCCUCAGUUUCCCCGUGAGCCGCAUCUCAGCGACGUUGGUUAAUGGCGAGGCUACGAUUUUUGCGACUCUUGAGUUGCCGCCAAAUUUGAUCACAACUAACCAGGUUUGGCAAAUGGGUCCUCUCUCCAAUAGUGUUCCUCAGGGUCAUCCAAUGACGGGAGAUAAUAUGAGAUCGACCGGUAGGAUCGAUUUCCGGUCAGGACAGUCAUCGGCUAGUGGUGGUUCCGGUGACAGGAUGAGGAAGAGAAAUACACACGGAAUACUAAAUGCGGUUAGUUGGGGAGUGCUAAUGCCAAUGGGAGCAAUGAUGGCUCGGUACAUGAAAGUCUUCACCGACCCGACUUGGUUCUAUCUCCACAUAGCCUUCCAAGUCUCCGGUUACGUUAUUGGUGUCGCCGGUUGGGCCACGGGAAUCAAGCUUGGCAACGACUCACCAGGCACAUCUUACUCAACCCAUCGCAACCUUGGAAUUGCACUCUUCACAUUUGCCACCCUACAAGUAUUUGCUCUGCUUCUUAGGCCAAAGCCAGACCACAAGUAUCGAUUCUACUGGAACGUGUACCAUCACACAGUGGGAUACACAACCAUCAUCCUCUCUAUUAUCAACAUAUUUAAAGGAUUUGACAUUUUGGACCCGGCUGAUAAAUGGCGUUGGGCUUACAUUGGCAUCCUCAUCUUUCUUGGUGCCUGCGUUGUGAUUCUUGAACCACUCACUUGGUUUAUUGUUCUUCGACGUAAGAGACGUGGAGGUAAUUCAGUUGCUGCACCAAUUGCGAACAAGUACUCUAAUGGCGUCAAUGGUACCACCACCGGACCACAUCACCAGGACGCCUAGUUUCACAUUUUGUUCUACAUUUGUUCUUGUUUUGUUCUACUUCUACGCAGUUUUGGUUUCUUUUCAGUUUAAUAUAUUUUUAGGCUUAUGUAUGUAUGUAUGUAUGUAUGUAUGUAUGUAUGUAUGUAUGUAUGUAUGUAUACGAUUUUAUUCAUUGUGUUAUAGAUAUAUCGAUUUAUGGAGUCA